AUGAGCAAGGCGAACACUCCUCAAGCCUUGCGCUUGCUGGCCUACAGUCUUACGGGCAUAGGCGUUUUCUUCAUCUUGCUACACCUGCUGCUGACCUAUGUACUGGGCAGCCCAGGCAUGGUGACAGUCGUGCUGACUGUGGUGAUGAGUGGUGUCUGGAUUUUCCAAAGGUCCCAGCAGUUCCGGGCGAGAAACGAGCAGGAGGCACUCUUAAUGCAACAUCGCGCCUUCGCAGCAGAGGUGGAAAGGGCAUGGGAGCGGUCUCACGCUCACGAGGCUGAGCGCCGGCGUCCUGCCUCCACAGUGCCUGUCCCAAUGACGCAGACCGCGGGGGCAGAGAGCACGGCGAAGAAGCGAAAGAAGAAGAAGUCGCGGGAGGACGGCGAGGAGACCUUCAUCGUCGAUGAUGAGUUGGAGGCCGAGGUAGUCGAAGACCUUGAAGACUUCUUGCAGCACAGUCGCCUGCGACAAGCGCUGAAGAAGACGGCGGACGACCUCCGAGAGAGCCAAAAGCGGAAGGAGGACAAAACGAGGGCCCCGCCACCGGCGCCAACCUCGGAGGCUCCAGAACCGAAGCAGGCAGCUGCCAAAGCGCCCGCUGCUCCGGCAAAGGCCGCGCCAAAGGCUGCCAACUCCAAUGCCGGAAGGAAUGGCUCCGCAACGAAGGCUGCUCCGAAAGCUUUGCCACCCCGACCAGAGGGGAAAGAUGCCGCAAAGACCAGCCGAGGCAAAGCUACUGGUGGUGGUGCUGCUGCUAACGGCCACAGCACUGUCGGCAAGGCAAGCCUUCUACCUGCUGGCAAAGGUCCUGCGGCUCACACAGGCAAGGGUUCGAAAGGCCCAGCAGCCAAUACCAAGGCAGCCAAGGACCCUGGUGAUGCCAACGACAGCGCCAAGUCCUUCAAAGGCAAUGGCAAGUCCAAGAGCAAGAACUGGCAGGAUGAGUGGUACGGUGGUGGUGCCGACUCGUGGUGGGGAGAGCAGGACGGUUGGGGGAGUGGCUGGUAUGGCAACGGAGGAAGCUGGUGGGGCGGUCAGCGAGGCCACUGGAAUGGUUUUGGCCGGGCGCCGGCCGCCAAGCGCUGGACCCCUCGAGGCGCAGGUGAUGCUGGCGGAUCCGACGCCUGGCAGGAGCACCCAGCUUCCGUCACUGCAGUCGAGCCCGAGGUUGUCGAUGAGGCAGACUCUAUGGUUGAUCAGCCUUGGACAAGUCAGCCACCCAACCCAGACAGAGAUCAGAAGCACAUCUUCAGAGUUUCCGGGGCAUUCGCUUCCGCCGAACGUCGGGCACUUCGAGGUGCUGAGGCGAUGGGCGGCCGAUCGAGCCAAUGCCUGUGUGAUACAGACGAGACCGAAAACGAGUUGAAUGCUACCGUUUUCGACGAGAAGAACUCUGGGCCGAGUGAAGUGAGGCCUGUCUUCACGUACGAAAACGGGGCCACCUACCAGGGCUCAUGGGUGGGCGACCUGCGGCAGGGCCAUGGUGAGCAGUUAUGGACCGAUGGAGCCAGAUACGUUGGUCAGUGGUUCAACGACAAAGCCCAUGGCAAUGGACGUUUCGAGCACAUCGAUGGUGAUGUGUACGAGGGUCAGUGGAGGGAUGACAAGGCCCACGGCCAGGGAAUGUACCAGCAUGCUGAUGGCUCCAAGUACGAGGGCCAGUGGAGAGACGACAAGCAGCACGGGAAGGGCAUCGAGAUUUGGCCCGACGGUGCCAGAUACCAAGGGGACUAUGUCGAUGGCAAAAAGAACGGCCACGGUAGUUUCAUGUGGGCGGACGGCUCGAGCUACGAGGGUGGCUUCAGUAACAACGAGAUCAACGGCGAAGGGCUGUACAUUUGGGGAGAUCGGCGAAGAUACGAAGGCCAAUGGGUCAACAACCGCAUGCACGGCCACGGCACCUUCACCUGGGCUGAUGGAAGAAGAUAUGCUGCUCUCUUGCAUCAUGGAAGCCGGUUGCAUCCAGAGCCCCAGCGUGGAACCGAGCAUCCCAGGAAGGGCAGUACAAAGAUGCCUGCGGCCAAGAUGGUGUAA